ACAUACAUACUGUUCAGUUAAUCGUUGACCACUCUGCGAACAGGCAACAUCAUGGAGCGUCCUAGUAAUAACACCGACGAGCAAACUGCUCUUCAAUCCCCGACGGAAUACAAAUAUUCGGACAAACAAAAAUACCUUGCAGGUUUUGCGGGAACUUUUUUAGUAAGUUUUAAUCUGUCGUGAUUGAUAAAUAAGAAAAAAAUUGGAUUUUUACGACGUUCGUUUCCACACUGUUGUUAAUUGUGGGGCAGAAAACGGAGGAAAUUUGGUGUGGUCGUGAAAAAUGCCACGACAAGGUCUCAUUGCGUGACACUAAUUGUCGAUCAUCCUAAACAAGAAAAGUUUAUGAGGCAAUUUUCCAAAAUAUUUGAAACUCGGUAAUGUGUGCAAACUCUUGAAUUUUAUGUACCAAAAUGAUCAUUACCAAAAUCUGCGAACCCUUUUAAUCGACAUAGCAACGGUUAUCACACUCGUGUACUUAUUCCUUCCAUGCGGUGAUUACUGUUCUGAACUAUCUGGAUUUUUCUGGGGGAUUCUUACGUUCGUUUUACUUGACAUAAUCGCAAAUUCACUCGUCAUCUAUGCAACUUUCCGAGCGCACCCAAAAAUAAUUGGUGUCUGGUUGGUCUACCGAUGCAUUGGAAUUGCGCUUUGCGUCGUUGUACUCGUUUACACCGUCGUCGAAGGGAGUUGGACGCUUCAGUUGGUUUUCUACUCAAGCGUCUCUAUUCUCUUGAGCAUCUUUUCCAUCUGGAUCGGAAAGACGCUCAAGAAAGACAUGGAGCUUAGUCCGGACAGUUAUCGGAGAGGGUUUGCCGUAUAAUUUUCAUUUUUUAUGCAAAAAAUUUGCGUAAUAAAACUAAAUAUUUAUAUGCAAGUACA